CACUCCACUCUCUCCUCACACAGAGAUGGCCGCCCGCCGAUGCUGCCCCCUGGCGACGCUGCUGGCCGUGCUGUUGGUGACGUCAUGCUUCGCACCGCCCGUGGCUGCCAACGCAGCCAGCGUCUGCAUCCACAACUGCGCGCAGUGCAAGAAGAUGUACGGCCCCUACUUCGAGGGGCAGCUGUGCGCCGACGCGUGCCUCAAGUUCAACGGCAAGAUGAUGCCCGACUGCGAGGACGCUGCCUCCAUCGCGCCCUUCCUCAACAGGCUGGAGUAGCCA